GUUCAAUUCUCCUCGAUCCCAUCGCAGGAGCACAGUCAAGUCUCACAACAAAGGGUGCGCGUUCCAACCGGUUGCUUGACCGUUGUCCCUUUCUGUACCUGCAAAUAUCGAAAAUCUUCACCCCAGACAGCACUCGUCCGUUGAUAAUACUGGCCUAAAUACCGUCAAAAUGAGCAAAGAACCUCUUCCCUCGUCCCUAGACGAUAGUCCUCAAUUCCAAGAGGAGACGUCGCUUCAGAAGUUCCGCAGAAGACUCAAGGAGGAGCCACUGAUCCCGCUGGGAUGCGCCGCUACCUGCUAUGCGCUCUACCGCGCCUAUCGUUCCAUGAAAGUGGGUGACUCGGUCGAAAUGAACCGCAUGUUCCGCGCCCGUAUCUACGCCCAAGGCUUCACCCUGUUCGCCGUCGUUGCCGGUGGCAUGUACUACAAGGUCGAGCGCACGCAGCGCCGCGAGUUCGACCAAGCGGUGGAGGAGCGCCACAGCCAGGAGAAGCGCGAUGCCUGGCUGCGCGAGCUGGAGAUUCGCGACAAGGAGGACCGCGACUGGCGUGAGCGUCAUGCGGCCAUCGAGGCAGCUGCCAAGGAGGCUGGGAAGAAGCCGUCCCCGCCGGACGCCGCUCGCUCCGCUAUCGAGGCCUCCGAGGAGAAGUCCGUCGGUGUAUUAGAUGCUGUGAAGCUACUGUGGUCGAGACAGUAGUGAGUAAGGAUGUUGCAGAAAUUGGAACCGUCUGAUGUGAUUUGGGUAUCAUGUUUUAUUGUACAUAUGUCUCUCUCUCUUUUCUUCUGUUUUGGCCCUUGAAUAUCCAGAAGCCUUCUCGACUCUAUGCCGGUUUUUGACAUGGUUUGAUCUCAUCCUCAGCCUACAACUUGCUCGUCUAUAUACCGUCUCAUGGUAUCAAAUUCGGCCUUUCCUGUCUGCUCCUUGUUAGAUGCCUGGGAUUCCGAAAGGUCCGGUGGAUUCCAUACCGAAAGCAAGUACCGGAUAUGUUGCUGCUCUGUGAUGUCGCGACGUCGCUCGAACUCAUGUCGGGCAUAGUUAUGCAGUUCAUCUCGAGUUGACGACGG